AUGCAUUCUACUUUUGCCAUGAAAGAGCUUGGGUCUAUAAAUUACUUUCUUGGUAUUUCAGUCACUACUUCCUCUCAAGGAUACUUUCUCUCUCAGCACAAAUAUGCGACUGAGAUUCUUGCCAAAGCUGGGAUGACUGACUGUAAAUCCUACUCAUCUCCUAUGGCCCUUAAACAGAAUGAUCCCUCUACUGAUAUCCCUUUUUCUAAUCAUUCUCUUUAUCGCAGCAUUGUUAGUGCUCUUCAAUACUUAACUAUAACUCAUCCUGAUAUUUCCUUCGCUGUGAACUAUGCCUGCCAAUUUAUGCAUCUCCCUCUUGUUAGUCAUUUUGCUCAUGUUAAACGUCUUCUCAGAUAUCUUAAAGGUACUCUCAACCUUGGGCUUUACUUUAGUCCUGGUCCUCUUAUUCUUCAGGCUAACUCUGACUCUGAUUGGGCUGGCAACUCUUAUGACAGAAGAUCUACUACUGACUAUUGUGUUUUCCUUGGCUCCAAUUUGAUCUCUUGGUCUGCUAAAAAGCAACCAACUGUGGCCUGUUCUUCUACUGAGGCAGAAUAUCGUGCCUUAGCUCAAACAGCAGCAGAGCUUAGUUAG